AUGACUGGCCAGAGACUUCCACUCGAGCUCGUCGCACGCAUCCUCCGCCUCGCCGCUCCGCCCCGCACCCUCUCUAGCCUCGGCGAACACACCCGCCCCUUCAAGCGCCUCUCCCUCGUCCAUCGUUCUUGGACGAGGCUCGCGCAGCGUGAGUUACGUCGACACGUCUGUCUCGACUUUGCAGAGGGCGGCGGAACCUGCAGCGCUUCGGAGGUGAUCCGGUCGGCCGACUUCCGUGCGGGCAUCGAACGCCUCGACAUCUCGACUGGACUGUACGAGGACAUGCGAUUCUACACCUCAACGAUACUGGCGCUAGGAUCGAGUCCGAUUCUGGUGGAGCUGGGCUUCUGGAGGUCGAGGGAGAAGUUGCAGCGGAACACGUGCCGAGAGCUUGGAUGGUACUUUGAACGCACCCGCUCUGCUCCCUCCCCUGUCCCGCCCUUCCACUCCGUCGGUCCCUCGUUGCGCUACCUGUGCAUCGACCACCACACGCUCGAAGGCUGGGAGCUCGAACACUUCCCAGCCCUGCAAGUCCUCCUUUUCACCAACACUCGGACAGGUCUCCGCGUCGAGUCUAUCCUUGACACGCCCUCGUCCGACUUGCGCAUCUUAGGCUUCAAGGCUCCGACUUACCUCCGCAGCAACCACUUUCCGCGUCUUCCUCCAAAACUGACGCAUCUCGCGAUUAUCGACACGUCGAUUCGCUUCAGCGCCGAAUUCUACUUUCAGCAGGCGGACUUGCGCGAGUGCUCGAAUCUGAGGACCUUCACGUUGGGCAUCUGCCCUUCCUCGGACCUCCAAUUGCCUCGUCUGCACGAGCAGUGCAUCGCAACCGAUGUGACGGCAGACACGAGCAUCUGCGGGGACCUCGGACCUCUCGAGGCUUUCGAUCUGGAGGAAUGGGCGCUCCGUGUGGGCGCAUGA